CCUGCAGCCCCCAGAGAGCCGGUGCGUGGGCACGUUGCAGAGAAGCGGGCUCAAGUGAAGCACCCCAAAACCCCCCAUCCCGACCCCCAACGCGAGUGGCAUGAACUUGGAGCCGGGCGAGUGCGGGAUGAACUCAGUGAGCUGCGGCAACGGGAAACUCCGCCAGUGGUUGAUCGACCAGAUUGACAGCGGCAAGUACCCGGGGCUGGUGUGGGAAAAUGACGAGAAGAGCAUCUUCCGCAUCCCCUGGAAGCACGCUGGCAAGCAGGACUACAACCGUGAGGAGGAUGCUGCCCUCUUCAAGGCUUGGGCUCUUUUUAAAGGAAAGUUCAGAGAGGGCAUUGAUAAACCAGAUCCCCCUACCUGGAAGACAAGAUUAAGGUGUGCUUUGAACAAGAGCAAUGACUUUGAAGAACUGGUGGAGAGAAGCCAGCUGGACAUCUCAGAUCCCUAUAAAGUGUACAGAAUAGUGCCAGAAGGAGCUAAAAAAGGUGCAAAACAAAUCAACAUGGAGGAACAGCCAUUAAUGAUGAAUCACCCCUUUCCAAUAACUUCUCCUUACACUUCACUACCGUCUCAGGUACAAAACUACAUGGGGCCCCAUGAACGAAACUGGAGAGAAUUUGCCCCGGAACAGCCCCAUCCCGAUAUUCCCUACCAGUGCACCAGCAUCCCUUUUGCAGCUCGCAGCCAUCAUUGGCAAGGACCUGGUUGUGAAAAUGGUUGUCAGGUGACAGGAACUUUUUAUGCUUGUGCCCCACCUGAGUCCCAGACUCCUGGCAUCCCGAUUGAGCCAAGCAUAAGGUCUGGUGAAGCCCUCGCACUGUCAGAUUGUCGGCUCCACAUCUGCUUGUAUUAUCGUGAAAUAUUGGUAAAAGAAGUAACAACAACUAGUCCUGAAGGCUGUAGGAUAUCCCAUGGCCAAAGUUAUGAGGUCAGCAGCCUGGAGCAAGUUAUCUUCCCUUAUCCUGAGGAUAACGGCCAGAGGAAGAACAUAGAAAAACUACUGAACCACUUGGAACGAGGAGUAUUACUGUGGAUGGCACCCGAUGGCCUUUAUGCUAAGAGACUUUGUCAGAGCAGGAUCUACUGGGACGGGCCCCUGGCGCUUUGCAGCGACAGACCCAACAAGCUGGAGCGGGAUCAAACAUGCAAGCUCUUUGAUACUCAGCAGUUUUUAGCAGAGCUGCAAGCUUUUGCUCAUCAUGGACGUCCGCUGCCAAGAUACCAAGUUGCUCUGUGCUUUGGGGAGGAAUUUCCAGAUCCGCAGAGGCAGAGGAAACUAAUUACAGCCCAUGUUGAACCAAUGUUUGCCAGGCAGCUGUAUUACUUUGCUCAACAAAACAGUGGACAUCUUCUGAGAGGCUAUGAUUUGCCAGAACUUGUGACUAGUCCAGAGGAUUAUCACAGAUCUAUUCGCCAUUCCUCUAUUCAAGAAUAAGAUCCUCAGAAUGAUUGUUUUUAAAGGCACUGUAAAGAUUAUACAGCAUGGAGGAGCAGAUCUGAAUUGCAAUUUGGAGAUCCAAAUCGCAGCUGGAUGCAUUCAGGGAAUCAAGGGUUCAAUGAUAGGAAAGUGAACUAGAACAACAAUAUUGUACAAUACAAAUGACGGGUUUUCAGCGUUUGGAUGCUACAUCUCACAUACACUCCACUAUUGCUGGGAAUAACUCAAAACUGACGAAAUGUUUGCUAUGUUUACGUUUGCUUAAUGUUCUCCUUGGGUUUUGAGGACUGAUUCUUAUUGAAGACUUAAAUCCAUAGUUUACAUAUUGUCACAUUUACAGGGCUAUUUAUUUUGGAUUACUGAUCUCAGGGAAGGUACACAAAUCUGCGAUAUUCCCAGUUUGAAACCGUAGCUACUAUAGGUGGGUAGCAAAUGUAGAUGGUUUAUUGAGAAUAGCUAUACAUGUAAAAGGUUAUGAAUUUAGAUUGAUAAGUGUGGUAGACAUUUUAUGCCUAUAUUCUUGUGUAGAAAUUUCCAUGUAUUUUUUAAAAACAAUGCAAUUCUUCAGAGACAUAUUUUUUUAAUGCCUGACUGACAUUAUUCCUAACAAUGGAUUUUGUUGCUGCCAUUGUUAUUGGCCCCAUAAUAGCAGUUUUUAAAGUGGUUAAUUUAUGGUACUGUGUUAUGAAAAAUGACCACUGAACUUGAAUUACCCAUGGACUUAGUGGAAUAACCACUAAAAUUCUAGAGUCUUGAAGAGCAGGUUUAAAAAUAAAUUGCAUUUUUUAAUGAUUGCAGGCCACUAUGCAUUAUAUAUAUAUGUGCAUUAGAAUUAAAUUGGCGGACUUGAAAAAAUAGCACAAAAAUGGUAAUGGUAACCUUUCUUCACGUCACGUGCAUGACCCAAAUUAAAAUAACUACCACUUCUGCAUUUUACAGAGCCAUAUUCUGUUCUUCCUGUCCGCUCAGAGCUCCCUUCCAUUGGUACUGAAAUAAAUGUGAAGGCAGAAUUCAAGAAGAGCAGAAUUUGGCCUCCCAUACUAAGACAAUCAAGUAAAUAUUUAUUUUUACUCUUGUUUUGAAAAGUUUUACAGAAGUAUAAUUUCAUGCAAUUUGCAGCUCUUAAGCUAUGCUGCCAUUGUAAAGAUAAAGAGAAGUAGAGGUCUAUUGGGUUUGUAUCUUGAAAUUUUCCUUUGUGUUUGUUGUGCUGGAGAUCAGACCAGGUGAUCUUACGAGCUUUAACUACAUAACAUGAUCCUCCCUAUGAUUAGCAAGCAUACUUCACUUGAUUUUCUAAAUGAGGAAUUAAAAAUGGUACUUGGUCUGGCAGCAGACUUGUGUUCUAGGGACCUUUAAUUUAUACAUCUUAAAGAUGCAUACUCUUCUGGGAUAUAUUAUCUCACUCCUUCUCCGAUGCAUACUCUUCUGUGAUAUAUUAUCCCACUCCUUCUCCAUAGUGCCAAAUGGAAGGACAGAUCACUUUUAUUUUUGUGUUCUUUGUUACUUGAAAUGUUUUCUUGGCUUAAGGGAGACCUCUUUCUUAGACUUCAAAAGCACUGCUUUAGGUGACUGUCAGAUCUUCUGUGUAUGUUUUUGGCCUGUGCAUACAUUUUGCUGAAUGGGACUUCUGCGUUCAGACUGCACUGGUACGAUACAAUUAUUUGAUAUGGUUUUCACUUUUCUCUAGUGGUCGUUGCUUCAUAUGCUCAUUGCUUCAGCUCACAUCUUAGA